AAUCACCAAACAGCCACAAUAGAAAAAAUGGAGGGCUUCUUUUCGGGAAUCGGUUCUGCUCCUUCUCUCGGGUCCCAUUCUUUGCUCAUCCGUUCCUCAUGCUCUGUUAGCUCCGUUCUUGAACUGAUGGCCUGACAUCCAGUAAAGAAGAGGAAGCUUCGCAGAAGGAGGGCUUGAAGGAAGACUAAAAACAGGGAAAGGAGCGGCCACAAAAGAAAAGAAGGGAAGAUUUGGUUUUCUUUUAUUGGGUUCUACCAAUUUGGUGGUCUGGAUAGCUGUUCGGACGCUUCCCGGGGGAAUCUUCUGGGUGAUCGGUGUUUUUGCCGAAGUUUUGCCUCGGUGAAGAAGGGCCGCUGGGAUGUGAAAACCGGAGGGAAACGGGAUCUGCUGGUGGCUUCUGAUUGCUCUUGCUUUAGUCUUGACUUCUUGCUCCAACAUGGAAGAAAUGGUGGACAUAGAUGAAGUUUGCGAGUUGAUUAAUGAAAAAGUCGAAGAAUGUAAACAUCAAUUGAAAGAGUUGAUUAAUAAAAAAGUUGAAGAAUGUAAACAACAAUUGAAAAAAUUGAGCGAGAACUCUGAUAUCAAACUCCAAAUGGCCAGGCUCCAGAAAGCUGCUGAAAUCCUUGGUAUAUGUUCCUGCUCCAACAUGGAAGACAUGGAUAUAGAUGUAGUUUGCAAGUUGAUUAAUAGAAAAGUCGAAGAAUGUAAACAACAAUUGAAAAAAUUGAGCGAGAACUCUGAUAUUGAACUCCAAAUGGUUAGGCUCCAGAAAGCUGGUGAAACCCUUAAGAAACUGUUGGAAUCUUUGGAAUCUUCUGAACAAGAGGAGGUUGUUCAAGAUUUGCAGCCUAUACGUUUUGAGCCUACCUAUUUUAUCAAGGGCCGUAUGAUACCAUGUACUGAUCCUUAUGAGGAGAUUAGUUGUCUGGUUACCAAGCUGAAGCACGUCGAUAAGGUCACUGUUUUAGCACAAGAGUGGCUGUUAUCUUCGAUGGGAGAAUUUGCGCUUCCAUGGAAAUACUUCAAUGAGGAGAAAUCUGUAUUGAUUGUCCAACAACCUAUUCUCUUCACAUUUGAGGAAUGGUAUCAUGAUUUACUCACAUUUCCAGAGGUAGAAGAUUGGUUCCCUUUUCUCAAGCUUCGUUUGUAUCCUCUUCUGAGGUUGUGCACAAAGUGGCUGAAGUGUGCCAUCGAAAAUGAAAUCUGCCAUGGAGAUCUUAUGCAUUAUAUCUAUUUCACAACUGAUUUUGAGCCACAACUUUUGAUUCGAAAAGGUUUUGAUCCAAAAAAAUUAGGCGGUCGCUGUGGUUCAUAUAGAGAAGAUUUAAAAACUAUCAGGUACUUUUUGUUUGUGAUUGUUAACAGGAAGCCACUAGAGGACCUAUGGAGGGUUUACAAAUCAGAGGAUUAUGUUAAGUUCAACAAUGAUGUGCCAUGUUAUUUGAUUGAUUUUCUUCAGCUAUUGGCUACCUUUGAUGAGCAAAAGUACCAUUUAGAUUCUUUUUUGUCUGAUUUUAUUACUUUUUAUGUGAUUAUUUUGCUGAGUUUUUUCGUUUGCAGGCACGUUGUGGAUAUUGUUUUUGAUCCAUCUUUUUUGUGGAGCAUUGAGAAGAAGUUCAAGCAUCUAGAUGUAGCAUUUAUGUAUUUCUUUGACAUGGAAUCAAGACUCGAUAAAAUAAACAAGCAUCAUUGGUGGCCAUGGUUUGAGGAUUUUGACAGCCUUCCUGACCAUCAUCCUUUGAAGAAGAUAUUAAAGCGGGCAGGCUCACUGGUAAUCACUUUGGUAGGCCAGUCACGCCGGUCACACCGGUCACGCCAAGGAGCAUCCGUGCAUUGGAAUCCAAAAUACAAUGACAAUGCACAGUUGUUGCGACUAUUUCGCAAUUGCAAGUGUCAUGUUACUGAAAUGUUUGGACAUCGACGGACUCAGGAGUUUGUCUUGGAGCAGUUUGAGGAGAAUUUCAAUAUUCUCUCGAAACUCUCCCAGACAUGUAACAAAUACGCAAGGGGGUUGCAGGGUGAACAAUUGCACGCAGACUUCCUUGAAAUGUUGGGAUAUGAGUAUUGUCGAAAGCGUUCGUUUCACCACUUAAAGCGACAAAGCUUAAAGCAACGAAGCUUAAAGCGACGACGCAAAGCGAUCAGAGGCACCACUGCUUCAAAAUUUCUGAAGCGCUCUACUUAGAAGCGGUCCCAAAGCAAUUGAAGUGAAGUGAAGCGUAAGUGUUCUGACGUUGAAACGAUGCUUAUUUAAAAUGGCAUAAAAUGACAGAAAAGUGUAGAAGCAUUAAGGGUUUAAAUUGGAAUUUUGACUCCAAUUAGGGCAAAAACGGGAAGCUUAAUUCUAUGUAUUUCCUCUUUGUCUCUCCUUAUCUUUCAAUUCUAUUUCUUGUUGGUAAACUUGUAGUAUUCAGAAUUAUUUAGCCUAGGUACCUUAAUUAAGAAACUUGAUAUCAUUUGUAUGGUAUAGAUUGAAGUAGUCCGUUUCUCACAUUAUAAG